GAACCUUUUCUUUCCGUCACUCUCCACCACAAAACUUGCAUCUUGCAUCGUCGUUACCAUCUUGCCGACUUUAUCGUCAAGCUGAGUGACACACGGCGAUUGGAACAAUCCCAAUGUACUGAACACAGUCUUCUGGUGCCAGUUUAUUACUUGUUGCCUGCAAGACUUGCGUGUUGUCCCACGCUCCGUCGGCUCUUAGGAGGACACGCUUCGCGUGUCACUUCUAAACAUGACGUCCUCUGCAGCCUCGACACCGCCUGAAGCGCGGCCCAAUUGGGACCAGCGAGUGUGGGCAGCCAAAGCACCCAAAAGCGACAUCAAUGCUUUGAUCCUAGACUACCUUACUAUGGAAGGCUAUCCCAAAGCGGCUGCCAACUUUUGCAAAGAGGCGAAUAUGAAGACUCCGGGUGACGAGUACUUCACUCAGACCUUAUGGGAAGUCCGCCAGCAGAUGCAGCGAGGCGACUUGCAGGCUGCGAUUGAGACUCUGAACGAGAUCGAUCCCAAGAUCCUCGAAGGUGACGAAGAGUUGCACUUUCUCCUGUUGCGGCUGCAACUCGUUGAGAUUAUUCGCGAUUGUGACGUUGAUGGAGGUGACAUCCAACACGCUCUCGAGUUUGCGAGGACGAACCUCGGACCACGGGCGGCAGCUAACCCCAAGUUCCUUGACGAUUUAGAAAAGACCAUGGCUCUGCUCAUGAUACCGCGGAGUCAGCUAGAGCCACCACUGGCCGCAAUGCUAGACACCAAAGUUCGCACAGAUGCUGCUGAACGUGUCAUUAGCGCGGUCAUGGCCACUCGCUCGCGACGCACAAUGGCUGGCAUUCGUGACCUCGUCAAGUUGCGUGUCUGGGCCGAGACCAAGGGACGGAUGUUGUCUGCCAACGUCAUCCCGGACAAUCUCUCCAUUGACCUGAAUGAUGAAUACGAGAACGACACCGCGAUGACAACUUAGGCCCUUCACUUACAUUGUUUUUGUCUUGUUUUAUUUUUGGCGAGGCGUUCAGGCAACCCUAGUGCGAUUGCUCGGAGUUUUACAUGGGGCCAUGGGCGCAGGCAGUGCCCUGAACAGACAUCCAUACUUCACUGGCGCAUUAGGUUGAUUUCACAAUUAUCAACUCGGUAGACCGUCAAGUGUUACACAUCACCUCUACAGAUUACAUGUAGUAUCAAUGACGGCACUGCAUACAUGAACA